GAUCCGCGUUGCAGCGCUGAUAAGGCGAACGGCCCUACGCACGCGACAGGAGUCAGCAGGAGCCGGCCGGUCGAGAGCAGGCCAAGCGCUUUCGGUUUUCUGCAAGAAAACGCGGCACAAAAUUAACUGCGAGCGCCUUUUGGACAAUGGACGUUUAUCACAAUCACGUCUGCUCAUGUGGAGAUACAGCCGACCAUUGCAGAACCCACAGUCAAGCGAGGCCGGUGGACGCCGGUGCAUCAGUACGGUCGCGGAAACAGCGGAUCGCUUUCACCAGCGAGACCGUGGAAACGGGACGCUGACUACAGUUCCGUUACGCAAGUCGAUCACAUUGUCAUGAUCCCUUCUCUUGUGGGCUACAGCUGCCUCUGGAUAACGUGACUCUUUGUGUCAGUUCUGGGUGCUCGAUUCAAGGACAAACUGAAUGAGAAAAACAAAACGGAGAUGAAGCCGCGACAGUAAGUGGACUCUUGCUUGGUCACCUGAACGAAAUAAUUACUCGUGAGCAGUAAAAAGACGUUUACGGGAAAUGCCGCAUUAGAAACGUUAUCAGCCAACGGACUUACGAAACACCGGCUUGCGGGUCUAUUUGAAAGAGAAGAUCUGGCCUUGUAAUCUGCCGAUAACGGACGGGGCCAGAGAAUUGCAUCUAUCUGCGUGACACAUUCUUCCUUUGGCCGACAGCGCGCAUACUGCACCGAAGUGACCUUGCUGUGAGACUGUGUAGGAAGGAUAUUACCAAAAUACUGUUACCUAUUAUCUCAUAGGGGGUCCGAGUCCAGGUACGGGGCGAAAAAUACGUACAUUUACCGGUACCCGAAUUAUGCAUGCGGACACUGAAUAAUGCAAUAUACAGUCAACCAAUCCCAGUUUAAAACCGCGAGCUAAUCCAAAUGACCUACUUUGGGUGGGAAUCUAACGCUGACGCUAGUUUUUAAAACCCUUUUUGAUGUGUUUGGCAGGAAACCAUUUGCCGCAUAGCCAUAGAUAUCUAGUAUUUGGAGUUGGAGCAGUCUGAAUGCACCUGGUAGUAUUCUCAACUGAAUGUAGUUUUUUUUAAAUAACGCAGUGAUUUGUAAACGUGCUUCAAAAUUGUACAUCAAGGUAGAACAAGUAGGCUAAAUACAGGAUAAUUCCAGAAUAUAUAGAUCAACUUUGUUAGGUGAAAUGUCAGCGCGUGACGCGCUAACCACGAAGAGCUCUGCACGAGAGCAUGAUUUAUUAACUUGAUGUUUUUUGGAUAUCCGCCAGCCUGUCGCACUUUCACCGGGGCAAAUAAGUCGAAGUGAGUAAAAAACGGAGAAGCAAUGUCACUUGUGCAUUGUUACUCCUCCAUUAACCAAAUUUUAAUUCUCGAGUGCUGUUCUAGCGCCGAAGGUGUACUGUGACGUUAGCAAUGCUUGUCAACUGCAAAAAUACAAAUACUGUGCCCAUGAUCGCUGGACUGUUGGACUUUGGUUUAAAACCAAAAAAAGCUUCUCUUCCACGUUGUUCAAGCCAUUUUCACUCUCAGUAACUGUCGGUAACUGUAAGGAACAACUGAGCGACUGAGAAGUAAUUUCUAACGGACUUCAGGGUUAUUGAAAUUCUUCUUCUGAGAUAGAUUUAUUUCAGAAGGAUUCGUUUGUUUAGUCUUCGUCACUGUAGACUCUGCUUAUUUUCUCCUGCUGUCAGCGCAAUUCAACUGUCAGGGCUGCCGUCGGAUUAACGAGUCGAUCAGCCAGGCUCUGUCCGCUACGGCGGCCUUUGUGGUGAAUCGCUUCGCGGGGCCAUUAAAACGUUAAGCGGCAGCCAUGCCGGUAUAAGAACACUCAGGACUGGGAAAGGUGUCAGUGGCGCGUGUUUAAGGACCAAUAAGCCCUCAGAGCGAUCCCUCCUUCCCGCACCCGUCCCGUCCCACCGAGCCGAGCCGAACCGAACCGAGCCGAGCCGAGCCGAGCCAUGUUUCUGAAGAGAAGCCGUCCUACCCAGCCGCUCCUCCGGCACACGGACGUGCCGCCGCGCGUGACGGAGAGCUUCAUCCUCUCGGGCUACCGCUUCCCGGACUACAGCCUGCGCGAGUGCCUGGUCUCCGCCUUCCGGCCCACCAACGAGACCGGCAACUUCUGGACGCACUUCCUGGCCGUCUUCGUCUUCGCCUUCCACUUCCUGGAGCUGUUCGUGUGGGAGGGCACGCUGCCCCUCAGCGACCCGUUCUUCUACCCGUUCUGGAACUACUUCAUCGGGGUGUUCUGCCUGCUGAUGGCCAGCAGCAUGGCGCACCUGCUCAACUCCAUGUCGCUGCUCAUCCGCGAGAUCUGCUUCUUCGUGGACUACGGGAACAUCAGCGCAUACACGGUGGGGUCCGCGCUGGCCUACUUCUACUACAUCCACCCGCAGGCGGGCGCGGUGGGCGAGCGGUGCCCCAACGCCACCCGGCACGGGCUGGGGGGCGCGGGGGAGCCCUUCCCUCCUCUCCCUCCUCCUCCUCCUCCUUCUCCCCCGUCGCCCGAUCUCCACCGUUUCUUCGAGAGCUUCUACAUCCCCAGCGCCUGCCUGGUGGCGCUGAUCUGCACGCUGGCCUGCUGCAACACCAGGCAGCACUGGCGCCGCUACCGCUACGUCAUCCGCACCACCGUCUUCCUGCUCCCCUUCGUGGUGGCCUCCACCCCCGUGUUUUACCGUCUGCUCCUCUCCUCCUCCUCCUCCUCCUCUUCAUCGUCCUCCCCCCCGUCCUCCUCAUCCCCCUCCUCCUCCUCCUCCUUGCCAUCCCCUUCCGGGACCCUGGCGCAGUACUUCUACCGCCACUGCUUCUGGCUGCUGGCGUCGGCGCUCUUCAACAUCAGCAAGCUGCCGGAGCGCCUGUCGCCGGGCCGGUUCGACGUGUGGGGCCACAGCCACCAGUGGUUCCACUGCUGCACCUUCCUCUCCAUCCUGGACGAGCUGCACAUGAUCAAGGGCGAGAUCCGGGCGCUGGCCCUCCGCCCCGCCCUCUCCCUCUCCCUGCUGGCCCCGUCCUCCCGGCCCCGGUCCCGCCCGCCCAUCGCCGGCCCCACCCUCUGCUCCACCUACGGGGUGAUGUUCGCCCUGCAGGGCUGCAUCGCCGGGAUCAUAUCCUGGUUCGCCUGGCGGGCCAAGGCCUCGCCCUCCGAGCGCCUCAAACUCAACUGAGCGGGGAAAACGAGCCGGGACCGGAGUCUUCAUCGAUUCUUUCUUCUUCAAGUUUUUUUUUUUAUUUUUUUUUUUCCGAUUUUGUGGGUUACUCUCUGUGUUCCUUCUGUGGCAGAAAUCUCAAGACCUAAGUUUUCUUUUGAAGUUUUAAUAUAUCGUGCUUAUAAAUUCAUAAAUAGGGCCAUAUGAAUAUGAUGUGCACAUUAAACAUGUUCUUUUCAUUUUAUUUUAAGGUAAGAAGCACCUUACGGCCCCCAAUCGUGGGAUUGGGGGACAUCUUUUGUUCAACCCAGUGUGGUUCAGAUGUCAAAAAACAUCUGGCGAGAAUAAAACUUUAAAAAGAAAGGAAAAGAUCAGAGAGGGAACUGCUAUGUCUGUCAGAAAUGUGAAUUUCUCUCGUUGAAACAAUACGCACAGUGACACAGCUUGUAUUUCCAGGACAAUCCCUGCCUUUUUUUCGUGUUCAAUACCUGUGUGAACUUUGAACUGCGUGUAGUACGUUGGUCGUAUCAGAUGAUGUCAUAUAAGGCUCACAGUGGACCUCUGCCCGUGAAAGGGGGAGUGGCCGAUGUUUAGGAGCUAUUGAAACAUUAACAUUAGUAAGAUAAAUAGUUACUGCUUUAGGUAGGCAGAUUAUUAUCUAACAUAGUUGCUUCUCUCAUUGGGUAGAUAAUCAGGUCGAAGGUUCUUCGGCUGAAGCUCGAAUGAGCUUCAUCCUGAGCCUUAUGAAAGUGUUUCUUAUGUUUUUUUUUUGUUUUGUUUUUGUUUUUUUUGGUGAUGCUAAUGUGACUAUUUCCUCUCCUUUUCCUACGUGACGCAUGUGCAGUUUUGAGUCCGUAUGAGCUUUUUUUUUUUUAAAUUGCUUGCAGGGUAUUCGCUUCCAAACCGAUCUUUAAGACCAUUCGCAGUGUGCUGCUAGGGGCUGGGGUUUGGGAAGGGAAGCCUUAGGCCAUUUAGCAUUAGCCAGGGGCAUUGUGGGACCAGCUGUUCAAACACUGCCACAGCCAGCGGUGACACCAAUUAAAACCACUCACGCUCUGCUCUCCUCUCCCAUGGCGCUGGCUGUCCUGUCCUCCCUCUUUUUCCACCCUCCCUCUCACUCCUCUUUUUCCCCUCUGCACGUAUGCAUCUCUCCCCUCCUCCUCCUCCUCCUCCUCCUCUCUCGCUCGCUCGUAUUUCCUCUUUUAUUCUGGGCGAAACCUAGCAACAGGAAGUGAAGUAGCAGACACAACACGAAUGGUGUUUCACUGCAGAAUUAGUCCACUAAAAUUUUUUUUUUUUAAACUGCACACAAGAGCAGUUUUAGGCAGGGUUUUUGUGUUGCUUGCAUCACCAAUUCCUCAUUAUAAGGAAACAGACAGUACUAGCCGUGCAUCCGCACAAUGGUGUACCUGAUGUUAUAACGUCCAGUUCCACUGUCGUUUGCUGGGGUCUGUUCUUUUACUAACAUUAUGAAGGUGGUGUUGUCAAAAGAAAAGAAACUCAAUUCAGCCGAAGGGAAAUGUGUGCAGGUGAGAUGGUGGAGAUUUUGUACUGUAAUAACAGCGGACAGUUAAAGGCCUGGGCGUUCUGUCAGUUAGUUCUCCCAAUCCACCAGACCACCUCAGCCCAUAUCUGAAAACCUAACUGGGAGGAGUGGACAUCUUAAAAGCUCUGCUUUAUGCGGUGAGCUGUGACGUCGUUUGGAAAGACGUUCAAAUUUCUGAAGCGCUGAGUUCUACACUGAAUUCAGAGAGCUGGAGGAAGUGGAGUUUACGGACCUGUGGUUUUUUUUUGUGGUUUUUUUUGUGUGUCUGUGUGUGUGUGUGUGUGUGUGUGUGUGUGUGUGAAAAAAAUGCAGUCUCACUAAAGAACAUGGUGUUUGUGAGAGAAGCUGCUGACUCAAUUGUUAUGUAAUUGUUUUUGUAUUUUUUUGCACUCUUCUGUUCUGUGAUCACUCUUCAGCGCCGCCAGUGAGACAGCUAAUGAGCCGGCCUUCUGUUCACGAUAAAACACCUCCAGAUGGUCUGCUGAAGUCCCGGCCGUUAAGUGACCGGACUGCAAAACGGUCCGUCUUGUCCUAAACACUGGUUUUACCCUCGUUUAAUCCCAGACGUGGACACAGGGGCCUUCGCUGUCCUCUUCACUCUAGUGUACCUGCGUGGGAUAAUCUAAAGCUCUUCAUUUCUGUUGUUCAGAAACAGGUGAAUGGGGGAAAAAAGAGUGGCACUGUUGUACACCUCUGACCUUUUUUUUUUUUUUUUUUAGAACUGCUUCGAAGACGUCUUGAUGUUUAAACUAAUGGCAGAAACUGUUUUUAAGUUUUUAAACUGUUUUUAAGUUUUCCUCAAGUUGAUUUGCACUGCAGAUUGCACCGGUGAAUCUGAAAGGUUGUACGGGUCAUUGUCGCUUUCUUUUAAAUUGAUUAUUUAUUUAUAAAGCCUGUUGUGAACGUGUCGGCCAGUUAACCAAUCCUCUGCGUUGUUCCGGACCGUGUCAGAGCGUCGCGGGCCAGUCAGGGAGCAGAAGAGCUGGUCAUCAUGUCUCCAGCCAAUCGGAGCAUUACCCUCGAUGGUGACUCAGACCUCGGAGCUGAGUUUUUUUUUUUUAUCAGAAAUGAGAUGUGAGCCACCCCUUCAGUCAGAAACUGCGGAACGUUGCACUUCCUUCAAAAUGAACCGCCUCUCAUUGGUUCCUACGGAGGGAUCGUUUUCUUUGUACUGGUGUGAUCAGGGCAAGAUUCUUGAUCCGAGGAGGGUGGAUCAAGGCUUGUGCCACACGGUUUCUUCUCAUUGCUUUCUUCUCCUGUCCCAGGGUGAGAAGAGUUGGCUCUUUGUCUUCAACAAAGAUAUUCUGUGUGCGGAAUGGGGACCAUUGGCCGUGGCUCCUUAUGUGACAGGUUGUUUUUUGGUACAGUUGCACCUUUACUGUAUAAUAUGCCUCAGGAUGGUGUUUGUAAUAGUCCUUUAUGGUGGGGACGUUGGGGGAGGUCAGUGUGUGGAAGAUCUUUGCAUAGAACCUUCUAGGUGCAGAUCCCUUACUGUAUAGCACCAGGAAUUGUGCAAUUAUUUCCCCUGACAUUUUGCUCCUAUGUGAGAUGUGUGAUGAUGAUGAUUGUGAUGAUGAUGAUGACGAUGAUGAUUGUGAUGAUGAUGAUGUUGACCAUGAUGAUGAUAGUGAUGAUGAUGAUGAUGACGAUGAUGAUUGUGAUGAUGAUGACAAUGAUGAUGACGACUAUGAUGAUGAUGAUGAUGAUGAUGAUUAUGAAUUUCAGCGUUCUCUGGGUGUGUUUUUUUUAAAAAUUCUGUAUCGCUUUAAUUUCUCGACCUGUCCCGGUCCUGAAGGGCUGGGACGCCAGACUUGAAACCGGAGUGUGAAUGUGAGGCUGUGAUUUUGGGUCACAGUGUACCGUACUCAGGACGGCCGGGCCCGUGGGGCACCGCACUCAGUGUUCUGUCAGCGAUUAAAAAUGAGCAUAUCCUUUAAAAAUAAAUACAUAAAUAGGCCUAAUUAACCCUGUAUUACAUCCCAGGUUAACACAUCUGAAAAUGAAACUGUUUUGAACUUUCUUUUCUUUUUUUUUUAGUUUUUGUUCUUUGUUUUCUGCACUGAUGUAGAAAAUAUUGCACUCUUGAGAGCUAGCUAUUGAAAUCUUAAAAAACUAAUAAAUUAAGCCAAUGAGAAUCGCGC